CUACCAUAUGGGGGAAUCCGGGCCAAACCAAGUGACCCUGCGGAGGGAGGGACCCGGACGGGGACUCCCGAGCCGCUGCUUCCGCGCAGCCGACCUUCGGUGCACAAUUCUUUGUGCCACACGUAUGCAGGCCAGACCCCAGCCGGGGUCUGAAGGCGCCGGAUUAGGGGUCAGCCCCGCCCCCUGAACGAGGGUGCAGCGGAUCCGCGAGAUCAGGGGCAAGGCUUUCGGGCUGGACUGGUUUAAGGAUCCCCUCCCCUCCAAGCUACCAGAUAGAGCCUUAGGUUGGAGAAUAGUAACUACAGAAAGCAAGAUGGCAGCUGCUCCCCGGAGGCUGAGCUGGUCAGCAUCCUCAACCGGCGCUCACCCCUGAAGUCAGAGAAGAGCCCCUGCCCACCCACACCCUUCUUGCCCAGUUUUGGGGUCGCCUCCGUCUGUCGGGUCCUCAGCCCUAGUGGCCACCCAGUCCAGUUCAAAGGAACAGAACGAUGAUACUGGCUUCGGUGCUGGGGAGCGGACCCCGGGGCGGGUCACCCCUCCGGCCUCUCUUGGGGCCCGCACUCUCGCUCCGGGCCCGCUCCACAUCAGCCACCGAUACCCACCACGUGGAGAUGGCACGGGAGCGCUCUAAGACCGUCACCUCCUUUUACAACCAGUCAGCCAUCGACGUGGCAGCGGAGAAGCCCUCAGUCCGUCUCACUCCAACCAUGAUGCUCUAUUCAGGCCGCUCUCAGGAUGGCAGUCACCUUCUGAAAAGUGCCCGCUACUUGCAGCAGGAGUUGCCAGUGAGGAUCGCUCACCGCAUCAAGGGCUUCCGCAGCCUUCCUUUCAUCAUUGGCUGCAACCCCACUAUACUGCACGUGCACGAGCUGUACAUCCGUGCCUUCCAGAAGCUGACAGACUUCCCUCCGAUCAAGGACCAGGCGGAUGAGGCCCGAUACUGCCAACUGGUGCGACAGCUGUUGGAUGACCACAAGGAUGUGGUGACCCUCUUGGCGGAAGGCCUGCGUGAGAGCCGGAAGCACAUAGAGGAUGAGAAGCUUGUCCGCUACUUCUUAGACAAGACGUUGACUUCAAGGCUUGGGAUCCGUAUGUUGGCCACCCACCAUCUGGCACUACAUGAAGACAAGCCUGACUUUGUUGGCAUCAUCUGCACUCGCCUGUCACCGAAGAAGAUUAUUGAAAAGUGGGUGGACUUUGCCAGACGCCUGUGUGAGCACAAGUAUGGCAAUGCACCCCGAGUCCGCAUCAACGGACAUGUGGCAGCCCGUUUCCCCUUCAUCCCGAUGCCACUGGACUACAUCCUACCUGAGCUGCUCAAGAACGCCAUGAGAGCCACAAUGGAGAGUCACCUCGACACUCCCUACAAUGUCCCAGACGUCGUCAUCACCAUUGCCAACAAUGAUAUCGAUCUCGUCAUCAGGAUUUCAGACCGGGGCGGGGGAAUUGCUCACAAAGACCUGGAUCGGGUGAUGGACUACCACUUCACUACAGCUGAGGCCAGCACCCAGGACCCCCGGAUCAGCCCCCUCUUCGGCCACCUGGACAUGCACAGUGGUGGCCAGUCGGGACCCAUGCACGGCUUUGGCUUCGGGCUGCCCACAUCGCGGGCCUACGCAGAGUACCUCGGUGGUUCCCUUCGGCUGCAGUCACUUCAGGGCAUUGGCACAGAUGUCUACCUGCGGCUCCGUCACAUCGAUGGCCGGGAAGAAAGCUUCCGCAUCUGACCUCGCAGCCCUAGGCCGGCUGGCCUGCCCAGGCUGGGCCACACUCCCUGCCAGGACCUCCCAGGCUGGGCAGGGUACCACCCUGUUCCACACUGCUACAUCUCGGGUCUUAGCACCCCAAACAGGUGGACUUACAUGGAGCCAGGCACCGGCCCUCUUCCAUAGGGUCCACUGCUUCCCUGCCUCCAGGCCUUAGAGGGGAGGAAGUGGGGACCCUCGAGGUCUCCCGCACCAGCUCCGUCAUUCUCGUUCCUGGGGAACCCCACUUUGACCUGCUGUUUGUUAUUAAAGUUCACAUUUUGAAUGCC